UUUCAAAAUGGCUACACAUUUGACCGGCGCAGGAUUUUGAAAUAUUUUUCUUAAGGCUUUUAUAUAUUAGUCCAUGAAACUAGAAAGAGAAUAGUUUCAAAAGAUGUCGGGGCAGGUUUGUUCAAAUUGUGGUGGAAGUGACAUAGACAUAGAUCAAGCUCGCGGCGAUGCCGUUUGUAUGGGAUGUGGAUCGGUGCUCGAAGAUAACAUUAUUGUCUCCGAAGUUCAGUUUCAAGAAAAUAACCUUGGUGGAGCUAGUGCUAUUGGGCAAUUCGUCUCAGCUGAGGGAAACAAAGUUGGGGUUGGCCUGGGAUCCGCCUUUCGUCAUGGACUGGGUCAGGAAUCAAGAGCAGUGACGCUAGAAAAUGGAAAACGAAGAAUAAAUGUUGUUGGCCACCAGCUGCAAAUGAAUCAACACUGUAUUGAUACUGCUUAUAACUUCUACAAGCUGGCAGUUAACAAGCGUCUGACCAGGGGUAGGAGAACAGACCAUGUUGUAGCAGCAUGCUUGUACCUUGUAUGCAGAACUGAGAAAACUCCUCACAUGCUUCUUGACUUUAGUGAUGUUUUACAGAUUGAUGUUUUUACCCUGGGUAGAGCAUACCUAAAGCUGGCCCAGGAACUUUAUAUUAACUUGCCUGCUGUUGAUCCUUGCCUUUACAUCAAUCGUUUCGCGCACAAGUUGGAAUUUGGUGACAAGGAGCAUGAUGUUGCCGUGACAGCUUUGAGAUUGGUAUCAAGAAUGAAGAGAGACUGGAUUCAUCAUGGGCGUCGGCCUUCUGGUCUCUGUGGAGCUGCUCUGUUAGUGGCAGCAAGACUACAUGGUUUUAACAGAACAGUACGUGAAGUUGUCAAAACUGUCCGUAUAAGUGACACUACUAUCAGAAAGAGGUUGGGGGACUUUCGUGACACGCCCUCCAGUCAGCUGACAAUUGAUGAGUUCCAAACGAUUGAUCUUGAGGAGGAACAGGACCCGCCCUGUUUCACGCAAGCAAGGAGAAGAGCAAAACAACAACUUGAGGAGUUGAACAAACCAGAAAUUACUUCAGAGUUGGAAUCAUUUCAGAAGUCUAUUGAAAAAAUUUUGGGGAUAGAUUCAACAAGGGACAAUGUACACCCAGAUGAUUUAAUUAAGACCUCUGAAAAAGAAGAUGUUUCAAAGGAUUAUGAUGAUGGUUCUUUCCUAGCUAUUCCUUCCUACAGCAUCCCUGAUUUUGUAUCAAAUAGUGACACCAAUAAAGAUGGUGAAAAAGAAGUGUGUGAAGAGCUGGAUCUAACUGGCCUGGAUGAAGCAGAACUUGAUAGGUGUCUUUUAAAUGAAAGUGAGAUUGAAAUAAAAACAAAACUGUGGAUGGAAGAAAACAAAGAUUAUCUACAAAAACAAAAAGAAAAGGAAGAAAAGGAAGCAAGGGAAAGAGAGGAAGGAAAUAAACAAGAACCAAAAAAGAGAAAAAAGCAAUAUAAGAAAAGAAUACCGACUGGUCCAGCCAGCACUGCAGGCGAAGCCAUUGAGAAGAUGCUGGUUGAAAAGAGAAUCUCCAGCAAAAUAAAUUACGAAGUGCUGAGGGAUCUGGAGACUAGUCAGUUAAGCAUGCCCAAUACCCCUGUGACGUCAACGCCUAAACCGGUUGUACAGCUUAAACAGGAAUUUCUGACGCCGCGUGUACCCACUAGAAAAGGAGGAAGAAAGAGGGAUUCUUUAUCUCCUGUUGUCUCGCCUUUGGACCCCUUCAAGAAACCAAAGCUUUUUCAGCCUCAAGAUCCAGCCAAGGUUGAAGAAGAUAAAAAAGAAGUUGUUAUUGAAAGCGGGCCAGUGGAGUAUGAAAAGACCGACGAAACCAACCCAGUGGGCGAGGAAGAGGAGGAGUUUGACGAACUGGAAGAGGAGGACGAGGAACCAGUGAGCGCAGUAGAGUUGAUGGGACACCUAUAUGAUGCAAAUGUCGACGACGAUUAUGCUGAUUUUGAAGAUUAUGAAUAAUGGUUCGUUUAUUGUUACCUCGUCACUUGAUCUCAAAGCCUUCCAUCUAGAAACGUCAUUGGAAGGAGUUACCUCUUGGCAUAUCUUCCUAACUACAAUCUUCGACUGUUUGUUACCAAUCAGAGGAUUUGUAGAGUAUUUCUGAUAAGAUUACGUCAGAUUACCAAGACGACCUCGUUUCAGGAGCGGAUCUGGGAACGAGGUUAGACGACCAAGCUUUUGUAAAGACGCGAACACUUCUCGGAUGCAGGGUGACGUCAGUGAGUGAAAGUUCUUCUUCAAAAGUGCGCAUGUUCAACAUGUUUCGGUGUGAAGAACUGACGCGGGCACUUGAGGGCUUGCUACUGCUCGCCAGUGGAUUGUGCAUAAUUCAUUUGAUUAAGUAAACAGCAGAGAGCAAGAAAUUCAAACGAAUAUAAACUGGAAGAUGGUACAAUAUUUAAGUGGUGUAACGCAAAUAUUUGAACGAACGUAAGCAAACACCUCAAAGAAAUAUAUUAUAUUUUUCUCAGCAUCUAUUUUUUUUUUGGUGGUUGUUGUUAUAAAUUUGUACAAAUGCUGCACCCCGCCCAUUGCCAAAUAAACGUGCAGUGUCUUUUGGACCGACGCCCUAGGCAAGCAAGGCGUCAGUCAAUUCAUCUGCUUAAAAUGAUGAGACCUAUCUCCGUUUGAAACACCGCCUUUUUCAUUGGUAAUUUUUAAAUUUGUUGACAGGUUUAUUGUAAACCUGAGUGAGAAAUAUCCUCAUAAAUGCUUCCGUACUUUGUGUCGGACAAAAUAUAUGACAGUACUUAAUUAUCUGAAUCUAAUUUAUCGGCGAUUCUGCUAAAAGCAAAAAAUAAAUUUGAUUAAAACAAGGACAAACAUUGAAGAGACAGUUUGAAAUUGUAGGUGUGAUUGCUUUUACAGUUAUUCCACGGGUAGAUAAUCAGUUGGUUAUAUUUUACCAUUUGUUCCAAGACCGUGAGAACUGUCCUAUGUUUGUAAACAAUGAUAUUUUGAGGCCACCACCUGAUAAUAAUUUAUUUAUCGUAAUCGCUCACGUAGGUAUUUUUAAUUUAGUUUUUAGAGAAAUCGUGUUUUUGAAACCAUUUACGCGUUUACUUAUUUAUAAAGGACUUUGAUCCUAGCAGAAAGAGAAGUAGGCCCAUAUAUAUCAAUAUAUGUAAAGUUAGAGCGAUGAGGUUUUGACAACUCAUAAAAUUGACUGUAUAUUUGUCAUUGCCGAGUGCCGCUUCCUGUUCAAGAACAGGUGCAAAACAAAAUUUGUGACAUUUUUGACCGAAACAGAAGUAUUUCUCACCUCUCGAAUGCAAAUGAUACUCAGCUUUGGGUGGGGUCAGGAACGAAAAUUAAAACGAUGUUGUUUCUUCUAA